AGUGAUGUCCGUCGUCUUCCUGAAGUCGAACAGUAGAACCGAGCGGGACGGAGAGCGAAGCUGCUCGGAUGCAACUUUGUCAAACAAGUGUCAACUUUGGCAAACAAGACAAUCCCGGAUGCAACUUUGACAAACAAGACGACCCCGGAUGCAACUUUGACAAAGUCUUGACUUCACCUGACACCGGAAGUCCCGCCUGUGUUCCGACAAAAGGCGCCUUUUACUGGCUUUUGUGACCGCGCAGUUCCAGCGGCUUCAGCUCGGCGGCCGCAGAUGGAAGCUGCCCCGGCCAAGGCGAAGCUGCUGGGCCGCCUGCUGGUGUCCAACCAACUGGACGCCAAGGACGAGCUGGAGGAGAAACUGGAGCGUUGUGUCGGAGUGGUCCAUGCCUUGUCUAAUGGACUGUCUGAGAGGGAGGCCAACGAUGCUCUCACCGCCAACGUGUGCAAAGGCCCUCAGCAACAUGACGAGGUGUGUCUGGGUCUCUUCGCUCUGCUCCUCACGGAACCCACUCAGGCCCAGCGGUGUUAUAGGGACCUGACGCUGAUGAACAGGGACGGAAUGAGCGUGAUCCUGGUGAAGAUCAACCAGAUCUUGAUGGAGAAGUUCCUCAAGCUGCAGGAUGUUGCCAGAAAGCAGCUGGUGUGGCUGGUCAGAGAGCUGGUAAAGAGCAGUGUGAUAGGAGCUGAUGGUGUCGUCAUGACGCUACUCAAACAGAUUGCAGGAGGAGACGUGUCCACAAAGAAUCUUUGGUUGGCGGAAAGUGUCCUUGACAUCCUGCAGGAGCAAAAGGAGUGGGUGGUGAAGAGCGGGAUGCUGAUCGCCAUGUCGGUGUACACGUACCUGCGUCUGAUCGUGGACCAUGGCACUGCCAGUCUGCUGCCUCUGCGCCAGAAGGAAGUGGACUUCUGCAUCAGCCUGCUGAGGGACAAGUUCUUGGAGUGUGUGAUCAUGGGCCGAGAUCUGGUGCGCCUGCUCCAGAACGUGGCUCGUAUCACGGAGAUGGACCUCCUGUGGAGAGACCUGCUCCACAACCCUCAAGCCCUCAGUCCUCAGUUCACUGGCAUCCUCCAGCUGCUCACAGCUCGGACUUCCAGAAAGUUCCUGGCGUGCCGUCUGACCCCCGACAUGGAGACCAAGCUGCUCUUCAUGACGUCCAGGGUGCGCUUCGGCCAGCAGAAGCGCUACCAGGACUGGUUCCAGAGGCAGUACCUGUCCACGGUGGAGAGCCAGUCCCUGCGCUGUGAUCUGAUCCGCUACAUCUGCGGUGUGGUCCACCCCUCCAACGAGGUCCUCAGUUCUGACAUCCUGCCACGCUGGGCCAUCAUUGGCUGGCUGCUCACCACCUGCACCUCCAACGUGGCCGCCUCCAAUGCCAAGUUGGCACUUUUCUACGAUUGGCUCUUCUUCAACCCCGACAAAGACAGCAUCAUGAACAUAGAGCCGGCCAUCUUGGUGAUGCACCAUUCCAUGAAGCCACACCCUGCCAUCACCGCCACACUGCUGGACUUCAUGUGUCGGAUCAUUCCUCAUUUCUUUCCUCCGCUGGAAGUUCAAGUUCGUCAGGGUGUCUUCAACUCGCUCACCUUCAUCAUGGAGAAGAGAGUGCUGGCUCACUUGGCGCCAUUGUUUGACAAUCCAAAGUUGGACAGAGAACUGCGGUCCAUGCUCAGAGAAAGGUUCCCUGAGUUCUGCAGCGCUCCCUCACCACCUAUGGAAGUCAAAAUGGAUGAGAUGACGUCCAUGGAGAUGGACAACCACAUGAUGGACAAGGAGGAAGGUUGCUAUGACAACGCAGAAGCUGCAUUCAGUGAUGAUGAGGAGGAGGUCAACAACAAAGGAAAGAAGCGGGAGUUCAGGUUCCAUCCAAUCAGAGAGGUAGUGAAGGAGGAGCCUGCUGACAUCACACCCUGGCUCGACCAAUUAGAAGACACCAUGAAGGACAAGGUGGUCCAGCUGCAGAAGUCCAGGUCAGACUGGGCUGGAGGUGGACUAGUGACACAGUGGAACCUCCAUUUACCAACCCGUGACACAGAGACGCAGUGUGAAGUCAUGCAGGACAUCGUGGACCUGAUCCUGGAGGACGACUUUGACACAGAGCAGAUGUCUGCUUUAGCUUCAUGUCUUGCUGAAGUGUUUAAAGAACAUUUCAGAGGAGACGUUCUCCCAGAAGACAUCACAGACGAGUCCCUGGAGGAGUCAGUGUGCAAGGCAGUGUGUCUGGUGUUCAGGAACCUGGUGACCAUGCAGGAAGACAACAGUGGUUUCUCAGUUCUUCUUGACAUGCUGGCUGAACUUUACCAGAAACAACCCAAGAUUGGUUACCACCUCCUCUACUACCUCAAAGCCAGCAAAGCGGCCAACGGGAAGAUGAUGUUGUACGAGUCCUUUGCUCAGGCCACAGCACUGGGUGAUCUUCACACUUGUCUCAUGAUGGACAUGAAGGCCUGUCAGGAAGAUGAUGUGCGCUUACUCUGCUACCUGACACCCUCCAUCUACUCUGAGUUCCCUGAUGAGACUUUGAGAAGUGGAGAGCUGCUCAACAUGAUCGUAGCUGUCAUUGAUUCCACACAGUUACAGGAACUAAUGUGUCAUGUGAUGAUGGGCAACCUGGUGAUGUUCCGCAAAGAUUCAGUUCUCAACAUCCUGAUCCAGUCCUUAGACUGGGAGACCUUUGAGCAGUACAGCACCUGGCAGCUCUUCCUGGCACACAGCAUCCCCCUGGAGACCAUCAUUGGCAUCCUGCAACACCUCAAGUACAAAGAACAUCCAGAGGCCUUGUCCUGUCUGCUGCUGCAGCUCCGCAGAGAAAAGCCCAGUGAGGAGAUGGUGAAGAUGGUUCUGAGUAGACCAUGUCACAGUGAGGACCAGUUCACCAGCAGUCUGCUCAGACACUGGGCCUCCAAACAUGACGACACCUUGGCAGAACACAUCAAGACACAACUCAUCAAGAACAACAACCAACCACGCAAGAGACAAAGUCUUCGUAGUUCCAGCAGCAAACUGGCACAACUCACACUGGAACAGAUCCUGGAACAUCUGGACAACCUCAGACUUAGUUUGACCAACACCAAGAACAACUUUUUCAGCCAGACUCCGAUCCUUCAGGCUCUGCAGCACGUUCAGGCCAGUUGUGAUGAAGUGCACAAGAUGAGGUUCAGUGAGUUGUUUGCGUUGGCGGAGGAGUACGAGGACUCGCAGGCCAAGCCUUUGAAGUCUCGGCGUAAAGCGGCGGCCACCUCGCCUCGCUCCAGGAAGGGCGUGGCUCCGCCCACCAACGAGGAGGAGAGCGCCUCCAGCAGCGCCUCGGAGGAGGAAGACUCCAAGCCCAAAGCGCCCAAGAGGAAGAGGAAAGGCUCGUCUGCUGUGGGCUCCGACAGCGACUGACCUUUUCCCACAAUGCACUGGGGUUUUAGCUGUUUGUUUUUUGGAACUCUUAUUGUGGAGGUUUCUGACU